AUGUCAAAGGUUACAGAGCGCAUGGGAAGACGUCCGCACACAUUUUUGCUGCGCAUUUGCUGAUAUUUUGCUAAAAAAAACGACUUAUUUUGCGACCAUGGGGAAGAUCAAGCGUGCGCGACAGAAGUAUCACACAUCCGCGGUGAAACUGGGCUCUGGAGCCGAGGAGAAACUAGAAAAUGCUCCCCAAGCGACGAAACUGCCGUCCCUCCCCCUCCCAGUAGGAACCCCAGUGUUCCCCACCUCAGAGCUGUUCCGCGGAGCUGAUUCGUCGGACCCUGUAACCUCACUGUCCGUGGAGCAGGACAGGCAGAGCGUCGUGUCGGGCAGGUCCAUUCGCACGGAGGGGGGAACCAGGAUCAGCAAAAAGGACAAGAGGAAGAUGAGGCACGAUGUCUUCUUGCAAAAGCUGGAAGCAGCCCACACGGCUAAGAGGAAAGCGAAGGAGACGAAGCGACGUCAGCAGACGGCCGUGGUGGGAGACAUGCAGCCGCUGAAGGACGCCCUGCCACAGCUCACGGCCUUCCUGGAGCAGCAGCAGGGAGGGGCGGCUGCAGCUGAGGAGAAGAAAGAAAAGCAAGGAACACUGAAGCCAAAGGAAAGGAACAGAAUUGAACAAGAAGAGCUGUCCAGAUUUCAGCAGAUCCUGCAGCACCCCCAGUACAGACAGAGACCUGUCUCAACUAUCAUGGAACAUCUGAGAAACAAACUCUCCAAGGAACAGGACAGGAAUUGAAGACACUACUUGAGACUUGUCUCAAGACACUAAUCUAUAAACUAAAGAACAGGCCAUGGAUUUAAUGUCUGCAGCAAGGACAAAACCUGUCUCAAGUACUACUAACAGUAUCAUGGAACAUCUAAGAAAUAAACUGUCGAAGGAAUGGGACAAGUUAUAGAUUACUUGAGACGUAUUUAAAGACCUUGAUUUUUGUAUAACUUUUUGACACAUUGAAACAUAUAAUCCAACUUAUGUAUAAGGUACAUAAUACAAUAAACUACAGUGUACAUGUAACUAUAUAAUAAGAUAUAGCUAUAAACUUACAACAAUAACUUUAAAGCUUGUUAAUUAUGAGCAAUGAAGUACAUGGACUGUUUUUGCUACGGUAUAAAAGAAAUAAGGAGAAAAGAACACCUGUAUUUGAAGAAAUAAAGUAUUUUCAUCCUACCAUCCAAAAACCUGAGUGUAUCUGUCUUUUUGGUCUUUAUUCAAUGGGGGGGAGGGGACUUAUGUCAUGAUUGCUCUAUUGCAUACUCCACUGGCCUUUUCUUUUUCAACUACCACAACACAGUUUUCUGAUAGAUGCCUUCAGAAGAAGAAGAAUGGUACUAGGUUGUAAUUACUUACCUAAGAACUCAAUAGCUAUCAGAGAAUUGUGCAUAGUUGUAGAUGAAAAAGAAAAGCUUAACAGAGUCUACAUUUCCUGAAUGUAGAGCCUAACAGAUGACACAGACAUUUGCACAUAUACCAUGUUGUCCAGUUUAUUCACCUGAGAUCUGCAGCCAUAAAAUAAGAUGCAACACUAAUCAUAAUCCUGAAUGUAAGACUAAGUGUUACAAUCAGAAUACUACAGUAACAUUUUUAGAUUCAAUACUAUAAAGGAAUGGCACAAUGAUUGUAGCAGUACAUAAUAUGUCAAAUGACAUUGUUCAUGUAAUGGCAGCUAGAAUAUGGCAAAACUGAAUAUGGCAGCCUCUCAAAGAUAUUAAUAUACUUUUUCUAACUAAUGUGUAACUUUUUAUAAACUUAAAGAUUACUUACUCCAUAUACAACUGAACAUCUAUAGAUUUUUAAAAAAUAGGUUGACUAAAAUUUCAAGCUAACAUAAGUUCAGGGAUCUCUUCAGUUAUGGCACAAAGUUUUAAACUCUUAUGCAAGUGAAAUACUUUCCUUAUAAUGGUCAUCAUUUCAUGCAUUACUACAUAAUGCAUCAUUGUCAUUGGUUAACUGCAGCACAGGUAAUUGUAUGUUUGUUUCAGUUGCUAUGAUGUAAUGGCUUCAAGACUUGUAUUCAUUUAUAUAUUGGAAUAUCAUAGUACACAUAUUGGUAAAUGAUCAUAUAAGGCAUUGAAUAUGAUAAGUACAAUACUAUAGCUACUAGGCCAAAAUCUUUCACCCAAGCAAGAGGAUAAUAGGCCCCUAUAACCUCCUUUACAUAAGUUACCCAGUGUGCAAAUAUUAUAUGGGUGAAAAGUACAUACUUUUUCAAGCUAAAGCCUCCUAUCACAUAAUUAUAAUGAUACUAUUUGUCAUUUACUAGUACAUAGAACAUUGCAAUUGCAUUGACUCUUAAUUUGCACUACUAUUGUAUGCAACACUUGCACACAAAGUGAAGGAAACCUUGGACUUUUCAUUCCCUAUAGCAUCUCUAUGAAACAUCUGCUUUCCUGCACAAAAUGAUUUGAUUGUCUAAUUUAUAUCCUGGAAGUGUGUUGUGUAUUCUUUGCUGUUUGCCAAUUUCCAAUCUUACUGACUAAUAGAAAAGUGUUUAAAACACCUUACAGACUCUUUACUGCUAAAAAUUAAUCCUUGAGAUAAAAUUUGUUUCCUUGGUAGACUAGAUGAUCUACACUACUUUUCAGUAAGUAUGGUGGGUUACCAGUUCUUUAACGUGCUUGAGGUGUGGCUCUCCUCAAACCCAGGACCUAACUGAAGCGAGGUACUCAUUUUCACCUGAGUCAAGUGAGGAAAUAGGUGUAAAGUGCCUUUCCCAAGGGCACAACACUGGGGCCCGCCUGGGAUUUGAACCCAGAACCUUUAGAUUCACGAGUCAACCCUAAGCAUAAGCACGCCUUGUCAUCUAGUAUGGCAUUCAAAUUCAUAUACUGUAACCUAGGUUAGAUCUUUGGUACACAAAUCAAUCACUUUUGCUAAAAAAAAUAGUCCAUAAACAUCACUCCUUUGUUAUGCUAUUGACUUGAAUUGGACGUAUAAAGUGUUGUUUGCUACAAUAAGAUAUUUAUAAUCAUUCUCAGUAUAGAGCUACAGUUUUAUACAGAUUAUAUAACAGCUAAUGACCCACUAAAUAAUCUCCUUAAAACUGAAAUUCUACAAUAAUUAAAAGCAAUUCUCCUCCAAUCAUCACAGAACCCCCUUUAAAUCUACUGUUUCACAGAACAUUUUUGAAGAGUAGAAAGUUUUUCAUAGGAGGUGGGAGGGGGAAGUCUUGGAUAACAUUGUCCUCUGAUCUCACUUCCUCCAGUGUUGUGUGUAUCUUCAGCCUACAGAGUCGCUGCAGGCUGGG